UCCAUGUUUCUCAGAUAAACAAAGAGAAAUCAAGGUCUGAGAAGAAAUGGAAGGUGAAUUUGGCAACUUCAUUCAGUCGAUCAGGGUAUAUAUCCAUGCCAUUGUUAAUCUUUCCUUGGAGAAAGACUAAUCGAUCAACAAUGGGAAAUUGUCAUUGCCUCUCAUCUUCAGCUAAGAACGUCAAGGCGAAUCCGAUCGAUACCACAUUCAAGCUUCCCUCUCCAUUACCCGCUUGGCCAUCUGGUGGUGGAUUCGCUAAUGGAAUCAUAAAUCUAGGAGGAUUACAAGUAUGUCAGAUUUCAUCUUUCAACAAAGUCUGGGCAAGCCAUGAGGGAGGACCAGACAACCUUGGGGCAACCUUCUUCGAACCUUCACCCCUACCCCAAGGAUUCUAUAUGCUCGGCUGCUACUGCCAACCCAACAAUACAUCCCUCUUCGGAUGGGCCCUUGCCGCCAAAGCCGAAGCCGAAGAUCAAUCUCCGGCUUUACAGCGACCAGUUGAUUACACUCUGGUAUGGAGCAGCGAGUCGGUGAAGAUGAAGAAAGAUGGUGAUGGAUACCUCUGGUUACCAACUGCCCCGGAGGGCUAUGCUGCCUUAGGCCAUGUUGUCACUAGCUCUCCCGAGAAGCCUUCCCUUGAUAAAAUCAGGUGUGUUCGAUCCGACCUAACAGACCAGUGUGAAGCAAACUCAUGGAUAUGGGGACCCCCUGGUGCCUCCGUUGAUGGGUUCAAUGUGUACAGCCUUACUCCCAUUGAUAGAGGCAUCCUAGCUACAGGCGUCCCAGUUGGCACAUUCCUAGCCCGAAAUGGAAAAGCGUCUCCCAAAGAUAGUAAUAUAGCUUGUUUGAAGAACACUAACACCCAAUCGAAUACUUAUAUGCCAAACAAAAGCCAAAUUGAUGCAUUACUUCAAGCUUACGCUCCAUUCAUAUACUUCCAUCCUGAUGAAGUAUACCUCCCUUCAUCUGUGUCUUGGUUUUUCACAAAUGGGGCACUUCUGUAUGAAAAAGAUCAUAUACAAAAUCCCGUUUCGAUCAAACCCACCGGCUCUAACCUUCCACAAGGUGGCUCGAAUGAUGGAGCCUAUUGGUUGGACCUUCCGGUCGAGCAAGGCGCCAAAGAUAGAGUGAAGAAGGGAGAUCUCCCAGAUGCCGAGUCCAAUUUACACAUAAAACCUAUGUUAGGCUCAACAUUUACUGACAUUGCUAUUUGGAUCUUCUACCCUUUCAAUGGCCCUGCAAGAGCCAAAGUACAGUUCUUCAAUAUUUCAUUGGGGAAGAUAGGUGAACAUGUUGGUGACUGGGAGCAUGUUACAUUAAGAAUCAGCAAUUUCACUGGCCAACUCUGGAGUGUCUACUUCUCCCAACACAGUAAGGGAGUAUGGGUUGACGCUUCUGGACUUGAAUUUCAAGAUGGUAACAAACCGGUGACCUAUGCAUCUUUGCAUGGCCAUGCCUUUUAUCCCAAGGCAGGACUUGUUUUGCAAGGGAGUGGAGGCAUAGGAAUAAGGAAUGAUACAGCAAAGAGUAAAAUGGUAAUGGACACUGGACUAAGGCCUUCGAUAAUGGCAGCCGAGUAUCUGGGCGACGCUGUCAUUGAACCACCAUGGCUCAAUUAUUGCAGGAAAUGGGGUCCGAAAAUUAGCUAUCAAAUUUCGGAUGAAAUAAAAAAGGUAGAGAAGCUGUUACCUGGACCACUCAAGAGUGCUUUUGAUAAGUUUAUCAGAAGUAUACCAGAUGAAGUAUUGGGAGAAGAAGGGCCUACAGGUCCAAAGCUGAAGAAUAACUGGAAUGGAGAUGAAGCUGUUUGAAGGUUUAGUAGCUAAUCCAUGUGUUUAGAUACGAUCGGAUAUAUAAGACUGAAAUUCUUAAUAUACAUACUAUGGAAAAGUAUAUCCAACAUAUUUAAUACAAAGAAUAAAUAUAGAAUGCAGUGUUCAUUUGUUCAUGACAAUAUAGAAGGGGUGAGAAAUUGAAAUUCAGAUCAGUGUGCAAGAGUCACUCAAUUCCUGAAUGACAGAAACA